AGUGCUUGUCUAGGCUUCGGGCAGGAGCGAGGCCUUGUAGACACAGCCGCCGAAGCUCCGUCGGCUCCGAGUCGCGGGGGGUCCGGGUCGCGGCGAGAGUGCCGAGCUCCGCGGCCGCCGCCCCGCGCCCUCGCUGCGCCCUCGCGCCGACGAAAUGGCCAUCAAGAAGUAGAUGCCCAGAUGUAACGGUGAGGAAAUAAUCCACAUGUCAUGAAGUAAGAUGCAGCAUAGCGUUCCUCCAGAUUAGUUAAGUUUGCAGACGAAGAUAUUGUAUUUUGAAAUAUGAUUAAUCUCCUGAUGCAGCAUCAGAGGCUAACAAUAUUAAUGGCCAGAUCUAGUGCUCACAUGGUCUUCUGAAGAAGCCAUGGGUAGCUGUUGUAGCUGUCCAGAUAAAGACACUGUCCCAGAUAACCAUCGGAACAAGUUUAAGGUUGUUAAUGUGGAUGAUGAUGGGAAUGAGCUGGGCUCUGGCAUAAUGGAGCUUACAGACACGGAACUGAUUCUAUACACCCGUAAACGCGACUCGGUCAAAUGGCACUACCUCUGCCUGCGACGGUACGGCUAUGACUCCAAUCUCUUCUCUUUUGAAAGUGGUCGAAGGUGUCAGACCGGACAAGGAAUCUUUGCUUUUAAGUGUGCCCGUGCAGAAGAAUUGUUUAACAUGUUGCAAGAGAUUAUGCAAAAUAAUAGUAUAAACGUGGUGGAAGAGCCAGUUGUAGAGAGGAGUAAUCAUCAGACAGAAUUGGAAGUCCCCCGAACACCUCGGACACCCACCACUCCAGGGUUUGCUGCUCAGAACUUACCUAAUGGAUACCCCCGCUACCCCUCCUUUGGAGAUGCCUCCUCUCACCCCUCCAGCCGGCAUCCUUCUGUGGGAAGUGCUCGCCUACCCUCAGUCGGUGAAGAGUCUACACAUCCUUUGCUUGUGGCCGAGGAACAGGUACAUACUUAUGUUAACACUACAGGUGUGCAAGAAGAGGGAAAAAACCGUGCAAGCGUGCACGUCCCCCCAGAGGCAAGAGCUUCUAAUGCUGAAAGCAACACACCAAAAGAAGAACCAAAUAACACUGAAGACAGGGACCCUCAGGUUCUUCUUAAACCCGAAGGGGUCAAGUUUGUGUUAGGACCAACCCCUGUCCAGAAGCAGUUAAUGGAGAAGGAGAAACUGGAGCAGCUGGGAAGAGACCAAGUUAGUGGGAGUGGUGCCAACGGCGCCGAGUGGGACACUGGCUAUGACAGUGACGAGCGGAGGGAUGCGCCCUCCGCUAACAAACUGGUGUACGAAAAUAUAAAUGGGCUAUCUGUCCCUAGUGCCUCAGGGGUCCGGAGAGGUCGUCUGACAUCUACCAGUGCCUCCGAUACUCAGAACAUCAACAACUCGGCUCAGAGAAGGACUGCAUUGUUAAACUAUGAGAAUUUACCAUCGUUGCCUCCUGUUUGGGAAGCCCGCAAGCUAAGUAGGGAUGAAGAUGACAAUUUAGGACCAAAGACGCCAUCUCUAAAUGGCUUCCAUAAUAAUCUGGACCCAAUGCAUAACUAUGUUAAUACAGAGAAUGUAACUGUACCAGCAAGUGCUCACAAAAUAGACUAUUCGAGGCGUCGGGACUGUACCCCGACAGUCUUUAACUUUGAUGUCAGGCGCCCCAGCUUAGAGCACAGGCAGCUCAAUUACAUUCAGGUGGAUUUGGAAGGCGGCAGUGACUCCGACAACCCUCAGACUCCUACCACUCCCCUUCCGCAGACCCCCACCAGACGCACGGAGCUGUACGCCGUGAUAGACAUCGAGAGGACUGCUGCCAUGUCCAGCUUGCAGAAAGCACUACCACGAGACGACGGGACAUCUAGGAAAACGAGACAUAAUAGCACUGACCUGCCCAUGUGAGCCUGGAGAGCGUUCCGUCGCCGUUUGCACCGCCGUGAAGUUUUUAAAAUGAAGAUGUGAUGCUUCAUUGUCAUUUCUCUACUAACUCCUUUAUAGACCGAUCCGUUGUUUUCCGAAUAGUUCAUGUGCAUCUCUAAAGGGAAUUAAUGUAGAGCAGGUACUCCUUAAAGAACACUAAUUCCAUUAUAUUCUACUCAUUAUUGUACAGCAGCAUUCCCAUUUUCACAGUGCCUAUUUAAAAUGAGAUUGGAAGUGAAUGACAUGCUGGUUGAUUUUUAUUCCAUAUCCAGGACAUAUGCAUAUCUUUCACGUCUAAGUUGUGUUGGCGUUUCAACCUUUCAUAAAGUCUCUUGAUAAUGUGCAUUGCUGACAUAACUCUAGGCUUUGAAGGUAGGAUUCACUGCUUACAGUGUAUGGUCUCCAGCAUGGAACAUGAGGAAUCUUAUUUCGUUAAUUAAAGGCUUUUUGACUUGGGCCAAAAAAGAAAAAGAAACAAAAGAACCACACCUCCUUUUGUACCAGUCAGCUCCUCUGUCUUCAGUGUUACUAGAAAGAGUCCAGUAUCAUGAAUAUAGUUCUGUAUUGGAAGGCAGGCAGGAGACAGCGUUUUGUUUACUCAUCUCAUGGUGUCAUUUGAAGGGCAUGCCCAAAUAUCUAACUCAGAAUGACAGUGGGUUUAGGAAUCAGUCUCAGGUCACUUUACCCAGAAACAUUUGAAAAAUCCACACCAUGAUCUGUUGGCGUUUCUCUUCGAUAGGUUAUUGGCAGCACAUUGUUUUCUGGAGACAUCUGUGCCAUGAAAUUCCCAUUUAGCUUGAGGUUUUUUGUUUUAUUUUUCCCUUUGGUGUUUGGGUUGUCUCUGUUUUGUACCAUCUUUCUCAAUUUACAAUGCAAUGUUUGAGCUUGUGUAUCAUUUUGGAAUGGGACUGUGUCUAUUGUUAAUUAGUCUGCAUUUUGUCAAGUUAGGGUCUUGAAGGUCCAUUUGGAGCUGACUGUUAUUUUCUAACAGGGUUGCUCUUCUUGUCCAGUAUUUAUUUAUCUGCUGUUUACGUGUCAAGUUGAUGAAAAACCGUUGUCUUAAUUAAAUGUCAUUUGUGUGAUCUCUUUAGUAGCCGAGAAGAAAAGGAAGAUACUCUUAGGCAUGUGAGUUCCCCGAAGGUACCACCCUCCCCGUGGGCACGUGCCCCGGCACUUUCACUGGGAUUGCCUCGGUGGCCUGGCUGCAGUCCUGCUCUGCCCACCCUGCUGUGCCCGGGCUCACUCGCAUUAGCCCCUGACUUUGGUGAGCUGUUGAGAUCGUUGUCAGCAUAGCAGGUCCAGGGAAGGCUGGACGUGGUGUGAUUGUGUUGUAAUUGAGGAUCUGAAAUGAACUGAAGUUGACAGAAACUGAUGUCGAACUCUUGAAAAUCAAGAACCCUCCAAAUUCCCAACCCACUGUAGAAGAAAGAGAAGGGAGGAAGGACAGGCAGCCUUACAGAAUAUUUUACUUUUUUCUCUAAAAGGGGGAAGUUUGAUAUCAUGGUCUGGAUAUACCAGGUGUGACCAAGAUUGAUUUCACAAGCAAAGGUUUCAGUCAUAGAACAUUCAGUAUGUCCGGGAACUCAUCACACAACAGUGAGCAGAUCAGCAGCAGAGUGGAGCCAUUCUGAAAAUAAAAUAAAAAUGUUGUCCUCAUCGUUCUUAGUGCCAUUGGUUUAUAGCAGAAUUUUCUUUUUCCUCCUCUUUUCCUCUGUAAACUUGGUGCUUACUGAAAUGUUCCCUGUUCUCUAAGAGAGCAAUGGCUAGGUGUGCAGAGUUCAUGUUUAAUAUGCUGUUCCGUUUAUUCUCUCUUCUGAGCAGAGUGCUAAUUGUGCCAAAUGCCAGUGGUGGUUUUUGAAUGUGGGUAAGAACUGAUGGCCACAGUGCUCACAGUCUCCUCUGUCCCAGCGUCAGGACAGCCCAGCUCUCCAGGGAGAGAGGGCUGGUCUGUUUGGCCAUGCUGCGUGGUUUCUUCUUUCCUUCCUUUGUUCUCUCUGCAUCUCCCUUCAGAUCUGAUUUUACACUUGUUUGGUGACUCUCCUGUGAUCACUGCAGUUUAUGCUUUAAGAAUACAAAUGGGACCAAUUUGUCUGCUAAACAUUUGAUUUUAGGGUACUCUGUGAAUAUUGAUCAGGAAGAGGUAAACAGGUGGUGUUAAUUUCUAGAUGUCUUCUGGAAAUUACCUUUGUUUCUAUUUAAUCAGUCAUUUAGAAUACCACUGUCCUUGACAGUAGUUUCAUAAUGGGCAUUAAGCUCUGUCCUGGAAGAAUGUACCUAUUACUAUUUGAAUUUUAAAGUGAGUUAUUUUAUUGGCACAUACUUGUGGCCAUAUGUCUCAGAUUUUCUGAGACAAACCUAAUUUUAGAUAAUUGGUUUUGUUGAUUAGACCAUGAGAUCCUGCUUUUUGUUUUUAGAAAUAGAAUCCUUGCUCCCUUGUUUUUCCCGAAGAAAAUGAUACAGAUUUUUAUCCAUAUAGAUCAGACAACAUUUUCCCCAGACCAGGGGUGAAAAGUGAUAGGGAGAUUGCUAGUGUUUUUCUGAAUGUCUUACUUCUCAGUUUCAUCUUCCUUUGAAAAAAUGAAAAUAUGGUGCCUUCCUUCCUUUUCCUCCCUCCCUCCCU